CGCCUGUCCCAUGGACGAAUUAUAAUACUACUACUGCCAAUUCCAUUAAAUUUUGAUCUCUACUCUGAAUGAGUUACGGUUUAAAAUCACUUUGAAAAUUUUACAACUUUGAAUUUGUGUGUCAAAUAAUCUGUUUACUUUCUUUUUUUUUUUGUUAAAUAUGAUAAUUAUUUCAUUAAGAAUCCAGAAGUAUUCAACUCUUUGUUUUAGUUUUGUGAAAACACAAAUAAUGAAAUCACGACAAUCAAGCGACAUGGUUAAAUUUAAAGACACUUUAAAAUCUGCGAAAAAUAUAGUUUUUCUAUCUGGAGCCGGUAUAAGUGCAGAAUCUGGGAUCCCUACAUUCAGAGGCGCUGGCGGCUUGUGGAGAAAGUACCAAGCAUCAUCACUCGCCACGCCCGGAGCUUUCAAGAAUAGCCCUAGCUUGGUUUGGGAGUUUUAUCAUUACAGAAGAGAAGUCGCCGCCAAAGCACAACCUAAUGCUGGACAUAUAGCCAUCGCCAAUUAUGAAAAGAAAUAUGGUUCUGAAAAAAGUAUAACAGUGAUAACACAGAAUGUAGACGGACUACAUGCUAGAGCUGGCACGAAAAAAUUAAUAGAACUACAUGGUAAUUUGUACAAAACUCGAUGCAUCAAAUGUAAGGAAGUAUUAGAGAAUACAGAGAGUCCUAUCUGUGAGGCCUUAGCAAACAGAGGAGCGCCAGAUGAAAAUAUAAUUGGUUCUGAUAUACCUAUAAAGUCUCUUCCUCACUGUAAGAAACCAGGUUGUGGGAGUCUGUUAAGACCUCACAUCAUUUGGUUUGGAGAGAGUUUAGAACCUGAAGUACUGGAAAAAGCAAGUACUGAGAUGGAGCAGUGUGAUGUUUGCAUAGUGGUGGGUACUUCUUCAGUGGUGUAUCCGGCAGCUAUGUUUGCGCCCCAGGCGGCUGCACGGGGUGCGAUUGUGGCAGAGUUCAAUGUAGAACCUACUCCCGCUACUACUGAAUUUCAUUACUACUUCGAAGGCCCUGCGGGAACCACUCUACCUCUAGUGUUGAAUGAUUAGUUGGAAGGAAAUGCAGUACCAUGUAUUUAUGUACAUAUAUAUUGUUUAUAUGUUGUUAUAUUGAUGUAAAUGGAAUUUGUCAUAUUGCGUAAAUAUA